AGAACAAGUAUUUCGUCCCCCCUUACAUAUACGUAUUAGAAAAGUUUCUCAACAAAAUCAUUCCAAUCCACAAAAAAAAAAAGAAAAAAAGAAUGGGCAACGGAGGGUCGACAAACGGCAGCCCAUCCGGCUGGCCACCCACCAGCAGCGAUGACGACGACGAAACCACAAUCAUCGUCGACGAAACCACAAUCAUCGUCAUAGUAUGUCCCAGUCCCAGCUCGUUCCGAACCAAUCACACAAAUCCCACCCCCGGCUAGGGAGGAGAGUAAUGUUAAGGAGCAGGUAAUUAAUGACCGCAUGGCGAAUUAUGUGCUCAUUAAUUAAUUAAAUAUAUGUUAAGGCCUAGAGGUAAUAUAUAAAAUAAAUAAAGAGCUGCUUCAACGCUGACUACGCUGGUUGCUAAUGUUAUGUCAGCAGCCUAUAUAUACAUACCACAGGCCAAAAAGAGUAUAUUUCUGUAAAAAAUUAAAAAUCUUGCAAUGUAUUUCAUGAUGAGUAAUAAAUAAUAUAUACUACUUGUUUAAUUAGCGCGCAUAUUAAUUGUGCUGUCAGUUAUUGUUUAAUUAUAUAUUAAUUAAGCUCGUGUCAUUGGAUUGAUACACCUUCCUAACUGUUUGCUUAAUGAUCUCGAAAGAAUUUUGCGACCUUAAUUAAUACUUAUUUUCUAA